AUCAAGUCUAUUGUAGCUAUGUAGGAGGUAACAUAUCAGCAUGGAUUGAAGAUUGGCGGGCUAACAGGAAACGGAGGGAAUGUCAGUAGUCAAAACACUACAACAAGCUGACAGCUGGCAUCCAGAAGCAGACUGUCAUCCAAGCGUUAACAAAGCACAGGAUUUCACAGUUUGGGACUCAGUUAUGUUUCCACAGAAUUUGUACUGAAAACCACAUUGGGAUUUCAAACCUAGUCAACAUGGCCUCGAUACAUAAGGAGGACAAAGCGGGUUAUUGUGGUAGCAGAGAUUCCCAGCUCUGUUACACGCACAUCAGCGGCUGCCCUCCGGCUCCGGCCCCGGCUCCGCCCCAGCCCAGCGCCAGCCUGAGCGGCGGACCGCUCGCGUCACGGACACCACCGCGACAGCCUAUCGGCCGCGGCCCAGCGGCGUGACGACCGCUGCACGUGACGUGUCUUUAACGCCGGAGUCCCUGUCGUCGAGGGUAAAUGUAGAGCAUGAGCACCGCGCAGCUUGUUCGGACACAGCCAUAAUAACAUGGUUUCUGGAUCAGCACUGAAGUUUUUCUGAGCUGACGUUUGUAACUUUGCAUUUCUAAAAUAUAUUUUUCUUUUUUUAAAAAAAAUGACCGGAGUAUUUGACAGUCUCGCUGCAGAUAUGCAUUCGAACCAAAUUACCUCGAGUUAUCACAACAUGCACAAGUCCCACUCCCAGGAAUCUCCAACGUUGCCAGUGUCUACUGCAACUGACAGCAGCUAUUACAAUGGGCAGCAGCACGUCCCCUGCACUGGGUCGCCUUACGGACAGCUUAACUCCUAUCAGCUUCACGUUGGUAACAUGAACAAUCUUUCGUAUAGCGCCAAAUCCUAUGAAAUCAGUUACACAAAUUGUUACAAUACCUACACUUCCUUUGGUACAAGUAAUUCGCCGGUAAAUACUGAUAUAGAAAAAGAAGAGUGCGAGCCUGAAAUAAGAAUAGUCAAUGGGAAACCAAAGAAAGUUCGAAAGCCCCGAACCAUUUACUCCAGCUUUCAACUGGCAGCUUUGCAAAGACGGUUCCAGAAAACCCAGUAUUUGGCUUUGCCCGAAAGGGCCGAGCUGGCUGCGUCCAUGGGCCUUACACAAACUCAGGUAAAAAUUUGGUUUCAGAACCGCCGAUCUAAAUUCAAGAAAAUGUGGAAAAAUGCAGAAAUGCCAAAAGAACAGAAUCUCAGUGCCAGGGAAUCUCCGCCUUGCAGUUCUCCGCCAUCCUCUGUAGCGUGGGACCACUCUCCACACCAGAGAAUUAACUGCAACUCAGCUAUCACGCAGAACAACAGCCCGGCCGCGGCCUUCUUAGGGAACUACUCCUGGUAUCCCGGUUCAAGUAGUGCUUCACAUUUUCAAUCAACCCCGAUUCUUCAGCACCAGUCUACUGUAAGCACAGGGACAAUGUACUGACCCGACGAUACCAUAUAUCGUCUGGUUAAAUGAGACGCUACCUAAAAACUUUCCAAAACAGAGGAAAUAUGAGUUUUUUUUAAAGAACAAUCAUUACAGUACCAUCCUUUAUAACGUUUGUAUUAAUUGGUGCCUUUGCAAAUGACCUCAUUUUCUAUGUUUUUGAACUAACUGUGGUAUUUAUGACGAGUCGGGUCCGUGCUGUUAAAACGCCGAUCAUGGUUAUUCAGCUUACAGUGUAGACGAUGGAAAACUAUUUGUAAAUAAAUGCCUUCAAUCGUGCCGAACUACCUGAAUACGAAUGUGCAUCCAUUAGAUUGAUUGCUGUAAUACAAUAUAAUAGUUUUAUCCACUUUUUGUGUGUUACGUAGCUGUUCUAAUAAUAUCUGAUAUACUGUACCAGCGGUAUGUUUCUAUUGGUUCAACCCUGCAUUUAAAGCGUUUCGUACAAGGAGUUAAAUGUGCUACUGAUUUUAUUCCACUGAUAGAUGGGGGGGAUGCUAUUUUCUUUAUUUAUUCUAUAAAACAACGUCAGUACAAUGUUGUUUUAAUGAAAAGAAAUAUAUUAUUUAAAUAAAUAUUGUUUAAAUGUUAUUAUUGUUACAACUGUAAUCACGAACGCUUGAAUCAAGCAAAUUUAUAAAAAAAAGUUUUUGUUUUAGUAGAGUGGUUUUAUUGAGAUAUUGAAAAAAAUUCACCUAGUGAUAAUGGCCGUCCAUAUUAAUAAACUCAACUAGCUGUUACUAGGAAAUAAUACCCUAUUCAACUGCAAGCUUGCAAUAUUACAACUUGCAAACUGCAAACAGGGUUGUAGCUCACUGCUCAAUUAAAGUAUAGGCGCCGAAACAGGGGAUUGUUACAACCGGCUCCUUGUUUUGCAGAUUAUAGAUGUGUACGUGCGCGACGGCAGUGCUUUAGCGCAGACAUUCAUCAAUCAACGACAUAUUCUCCACAUUAAAGCGUGCUCCGCCCUCCGGAGAGCCGGCGCCGGAUAAAUUUAUCCCAUAAAUAUUACUCAUGACGUAACUUUUGGCGAGAUCCAGGUUAGAAGCUGGGAGAACAUGUUGAAUAUGAUCUGUGAAGAGCUCAACAGGCUUCGACAUAUAAUGCGGAUAUUUUUUUAAUAUCGCAACAUGUCUGAGGCAGUCGUGCUGAAAUUGUUAACGCGACAGCCAAACCCAGAUCUGCCCCAAAACGCAAUUCAAAGGAUUAUAUUGAGAAAGCAUAUGAAUCUCCGGCGUUUCUACAGAGUUUUUUGUUUAGUUCGAACACACUGCCGUCUGGAACAGCUAUGCAACUCCAGACAUUGAAUAAUUGAUGCGGAUAAGAGCUGUUCGAAAGUUCUUGAAGGGGACCUAACAUUGUUACCGAGAUAAACGUGUGAUAUAGAAUGGAGGGGGGGAGGGAGAGAUGUUGCCUUUCUGAUUUUUGUUAACAAGACAACUGUUCUUUUAUAGGGAUUCCAUGUAUUGUAGACGAUGACUAACAGGCCCAAGUAUUAGUGCCUGGGGCGGAAUGUUUAAGCCAGUUGUCAGAGGCACGCAAAACGCCUUGGCAUGCGAGCUCUGGAGAGGCAAGUUUGGCUCAGGAGCAAGUAGACACACUGGAGACAGAACUCCUUUCUAUAGAUUCCCUUUUUUCAUUAACCGCGAGAGGCACAAACCAACAGAAAUCGCCCGAAGCAAACCACUAUUAAGCACAGUAACAGUGAAACCACACAAACAGACCUUCUGAUCUACUCGGAACUUCGUUUCCUCGAGAGAUCUUGUCGGUGAAAAAAAAGGGUUCAAAAUAUUAAUUUCUAGCAGAACAUGUAUGUAAAAGGAGCGUAUGCAUUUUAACAAAGCCCCAAAGCGUUGUUCUCUUGCUGUAAAAGCCCUUACCUAAACGCUGCUACUUUUUCAUUGUUUUAAAGUAAAACGAUGCAACAUUGUGAUAUUUUUCAAACAGAAAUUGAUGACUAGAAACAAGCUGAUGACUACCAGAUGAUAGGACCCAAGGAUGGAAGUUAUAUAUAACGAAACUUAUAUAAUUUGUGGGAAAAGGCUUCGAAAUGUAAAUUAAUAUUUUAUUAUGGAUUAAAAACGGUACAUUUUCAACAAUUAACCACGUAGCCAUACGCGUAAAAAUACAACAUACGCAAAAAAAGUCGUCUUGUUUUUUUGGCAACUACUUAAAGCUGAAAUAACAGCUACAGCCGACGCCUGCGAUCCGGAAAACUAGAAAAGCAGUAUGAUCUGGCAAAACAGUUGUACUUUGAGUCCUGAUGAAGGGUCUCGGCCCGAAACGUCGACUAUUUAUUCACUUCCAUAGAUGCUGCCGGACCUGCUGAGUUCCUCCAGCAUUGUGUGUGUGUUGCUCUGGAUUUCCAGCAUCUGUAGAAUCUCUCGUGCUUAUUACUUAAAGAAAUGCGUUAUAUUAACAAUAAUUUCAUAUCAUAUAAAAAAGGUUUGUUUAAGAUAAUCCGUUAAGUGGACUAAAGUGUGACUUAAAAAUAAAAUUCUUGAAAUAUUUAUUUCGAUUUCUGAACUUAGAUUCCCUCGUUUAUUUUGUUCUU